AUGCAGGCAUGUUCACUCUUCAGUGUGGCUUGUUCGGGAUUCUGGCGCAGAGGCCGCGGGAACCGGUUCCGAGGCCUUUCAAGAACUGCCCAGGAGCGGCUCCCAGUGCGUCCAGAAGAUGCAGGAAUCUUUGACGAGCUGAAUCUGCACGCAGAAGCUGGACAAAUAGAACCAGCACAGAAGAUUUUUCGCAAGCUGCAAGCCACGACCCACGCAGAAGGUGGACUACAUCGCAUGGUCUGGAACACCAUGCUGAAGGCUCACGCCAAUGCUGGCGAUGUCCCAGGCGCGCGGGCCCUUUUCGAGGCCAUGAAGACGCACUCAGUGACACCCAACCGGCAGACCUUUGGGAAGUUGAUGGAAGCGGCCGCGAAAGCCGGCGACGUGCGCGGCGCGGAAGCGUGGUUCUCGGGACGGUCGGACACGGCCAGCAUCUGGCGUGGUCGCACCUCUGUGCCCUUUGCCAUUUUGCUGGAUGCGUGCGCCAAGGCUGGGGACCUUCAACGCUCAGAGCUUUGGCUUCAAAAGAUGUGCGAGGCGGAGGUGGCCCCUUCCGUACACUGCUACUCCGCCCUGAUCAGUUGCUGCGCCACCAUCGGAAGUCCUCCAGAUGCCGAGUAUUGGUUCUCUCGUAUGCUGCACGGAGGCGUUUCGCCCACAGUGAUUGCAUACAAUGCCGUUCUGGAUAGCUUUGCGCAAGUGGGUGAUGAACGAGGCGCUGCCAAAUGGCAGCAGCGCAUCCAUGAGGCCGGCUUGGAACCAACUGAGUGUUCAUACUCAUCCAUCAUUACAGCAGCUGUGAGAAACCGGAACCAGGUUGCAGCAGUGAAUGCCUUGGAAGAGAUGCUGUCCAAGACCCUGCAGCCAAGCCUCGUGUGCUUCAAUGGGGUGAUUCACUCUUGUUCCAAAAACGAAGAGGCGGAGAAAUGGCUUAGGAAGUUGAGGGAGUCCAAUCUCCAACCCGAUGAGGUCACCUUCACCUCACUGAUUCACAGCGCCAAACGUAGCCCAAAGCAAGCGGCCCGUUGGUUGCGCUCCAUGAUCUCUGAAGGGCUGAAACCGAGUGUGGAAUGCUACACGGCAGUCAUCGACAGUUGUGCCGGCAGAGGGGAUCUGUCACAAGCAGCUGAGUGGCUGAAGGAGAUGCUGGAAACGAAGAUCCGCGCAGAUGCCAAGGCCUACAACAGCGUCAUCAACGCUGCGGCGAAAGCGAGCCAGGCAGAUGAAGCGAUCUUCUGGUUGGAGCAGAUGCGCUCUUCCUCUGUGUUGCCCACAGAGGUCUCGUACACCGCGGUGGUGGACAGCUGCGUGAAGGAGGGCAAAUCCUCUUUGGCGUCGAAGUAUUUCCAGCGCAUGGCAGAUGAAGGUCUGACGCCGGACAUGGUCGCCUUCACCACUCUGAUCAGUGGCUUUCUUCGGAAGGGGGAGUUUGCAGAGGCUGAAGAGCGCUUGACGUUGGCGAAGUCAUUGGGUUUAGUGCCCGAUGCCACCUGCUACAAUGCCUUCUUGGCUGCCUGGGCGCGGCGUGGGGAUCUGCCAAAGGCCACAGAGCUGCUGGAGCAGAUGCAGCGAGAGGAGGUGACACCGGAUUUGGUGUCCUACAACACGAUGCUGAAAUCAUGCAGCAAGGCUGGAGAUGUGCCUUCGGCCAUUCGAUGGUUGAAGGAGAUUUCCAAGGCCUCCUUGAGUCCCGAUGUGAUUUCCUGGAACUGUGCAAUUGGCGCCUGUGCAGCUUCAAAGCCCAUUGAGAGUGCCAAGGCGGAGGAAUUCUUCAGGCAGUUCGCAGCGAGUGGGCUGAAGCCAGAUGGACUCUUGCUUCGCACUUUGACUUCGGCCGUGGGCCCCAAGACGCGACGCUGGCUGUGCGAAGAGUUGGAAGAGCACUGGAGUGGAAAAGAGCGUUUCGGACCGUUUUGGAGUGGAGAAUCAAACCACCUAAGGUUGACACACACGCACACACAAGUGUAG